UUGGUGAACGUUCUUCUUUUUCUGCAGCAAACUAAACUGGUCAAAUUCGCCGAUUAAAUUGCGGUGUGCGGGCGCUUCCAAUCGAUAAAGACAGACACGUGCGAAGGAAAGUUGCGUGGAAAGCUCGGCAGAUGUGUUUCACAGGUGAUGUCUUCACCUGAAUAGCCGUGGUACUGCUCAAUAGACUGUAAACCUCUCAAGUUCUAGCUUGGAGGUUAAACUCAUGAACUGAUUAAAAGAAGUGAAAUGUUGAUUUGUAGAAUUUUCCAAUAAAAAAGCCUAGCCAAGAGAAGUUCCAAAAUGACAUCGAAACUUGCAAAAGUGAUUUUGGUAUCAUACGUGAUCAUCCACACUGUAGAUGGUCAUUUCUGUAACACUACAUUCCCGUUUAAACCUUUCAAAAUUCCCCCGCAGCUGGAUCUGGACUAUUUCUACCCACCCAAUCAACUGCUGAAUAAACCGGAAAAACUUUUGCAGGACAUAGCAUCGCAACCUGAAGCCAUUCUGGUGCGGGGUAACUCUGUCUUCGUGUCCGCGUUCGGAGGCCGGAUACUGGAGAUUUCCAAAAACUUCCAAAAGAUUCGCGUUCUCGCCAAAUUCGGAACAGAAUGCCGAGGAACAUUUGCGGAACGGGAAUGUGGGAGACCUCUGGGAAUGGCCUUCGAUACCCUGGGUGACAAUCUGAUCGUAGUGGAACCGUACUUUGGAAUAUGGCUGAUCAAUAUACCGAGUGGUCAUCGGAAAUUGUUGGUCUCGCUAGAUUUGGUUAUUGGAGGCAAGGUGGCACGGAGAGCUAGGUCUCCUAAUGGGGUGACAGUGGCCCAAAAUGGUGACAUCUUUUGGACCGAUACAUCAUCAGACUUCGUUAUUGAGGAUGGAUUGAAAAUUCUACUUUCGAAUCCGAGCGGUCGGUUGAUACAUUAUUCUCGAUUUACCGAAAAGAAUCUGGUGUUGAUGGAUGGACUUUUCGGGGCCAACGGAGUGACAUUGAGUACGGAUGAAGGUUUUGUGCUGGUAGCUGAACUAGGAGGACAAAUGAUACGUAGAUUUUAUCUUAAAGGCCCCAAAGCUGGUACAGCUGAUGUUUUCAUGAAGGGUCUUCCGGGAGGUGUUGAUAACAUUGUUGGUGAUGUGGAUGGAGUUUGGGUUCCGAUUGUUUUCCCCACUGAUCGUCAGUAUCCAUCCAUCUGGGCGGCUUUGGCCCCGCAGGCAAACUACCGGAGCAAUCUGGUUCGUGAGAUGUGUGUAAUGGAGGCACCGGUUGAGGCACUCUACAAAGCCACUGGAAGUGCUCUUGCUCUGAGGGCGACAAAUUUCAUCGGAAAUAUGGCGAUUGUUCAGUCCUUGAUAUCGCCCCGAGGAGUUCUGCUGCGAGUGGAUUGGGAGGGUAAUAUUUUGACCGUGCUCUAUAGCGAUGAUCAGGUGGUCAAUCGGAUAUCUCAUGCCACAUUGAUGGGCAAUCAGCUGCUUCUGGGAUCCCCUGUUCAUCCGUUCAUCGGUCGGGUUAAGUUACCCGAUGAGGUUAUGAAGAUUGUGGCACCAAGCAAAUUUAAAGGUUAUUGGGUAUUGCCAUGAAAAAUUAUGCACUUUUGUUAAUGUCACAAAAAGUUUUCAGAAUAAAAAGAGUAACACCAUUAAGUUUGGAUAAUAAAGCCAUUUUUCUAACAAGUAGUGGUUUUUCAUCAAUAAAUACGUCAUAUCUCUUUAAAAUCAUAAUUCAGAGAGAGUAUUCCAAAUGCUGAACGGGAAUCAGAAUACAGAAUCAAA